UGCUCUAAAUGUUAUUUGAUUUACUGACAAUGCGAGUUAUAUCUGGAUUUGAAAGGUGAUUAUAAAAUAAUAAUACAAUAUAAAAUAAAUCUAUUGUGUCGUGGUAAACUCGUUCCAGUUGUUAAAACACAAUCGUCCGUUUGUUCUGAACAAAACAGACAAAAAUAACCCACCAAAUUCUGGGAACAUUUUACUGGCUAUUAUCAAUCAGAAUUCAAUAAUAUUCUCCAGAAAAUAAACGCUAAUUCAAACGGAUUAACUGAUUUAUAUUAAAGGACUACGCCAUAAGAAGGAUAUAAGAAAAAGUUAAAAUGUUUUGCGGGUGUGGAUUAAGCCAAAGGCGAGAUCACGGCUCUCCACAUCGCAACAACAACCCACCGUGGAAAUUCUGGCGAAAAUUAUCCACGAAACGCAACGACAGGAAGCCAUUAGAUAAGAGUGACGUCAUACAUGAACAUUGGCGGGAUGAUGACGCAGCAAGUGAGGUUUUGACGCCAUUAAACAGUGAUUUACCGGAUGUUCUAGACAAGACGGAUUUAAAAAGAACGAACAGUCUCAAGCCGCCGCCGAAACCCCCUCGUUUAUUUCUGUUUCGGUCUUCUUCAAUCAAUACGCACCGAAGUUCGUCUUCGAGUGGAUCUUUACGUAAUUCUAUUUUUCAAAGUUUUCAUCCCAAGCGAAGUUCUUCCGCGACAGAAGCGAAGUCUGUGAAAUGUCCAUCUCCUAAAAGAAGUGCAUCCGCGGUAGACAGUACAGGAAGCGAUAUGACGAGCUUAAUAAGUUCCCCUUUGACUGACACUAGAAAUGUAUUAGUGCGCCAGGAAAAUGGCCGAAUCAAGCCGGUGAUUUUACAUCCGGGGGAUCGCGAGAAUAACAACACUGUGCAUGGUUUGAGUAACGUGGAAGAGAAGGACGAAAAAAUUGAUACGAAAUAUUCACCGGUGUCUUCGUUAAACUCCAGUCAGAAUUCUUAUUCUAAAAUAAAAAUUGUCACGCCCGACCUCACCCCGAAAAAGCCCCUUCGUAACCGACGAAAAUCCAGUGAAAAGGGCGAAAUGACCCGACAGAAAUUGAUUAUGCAAAGUCUUUCAGAUUUACUGAAUCAGAGAUUUGACCCAUUUCCACUUUUAGACAAACUUCACGAAGGAAACGUCAUCAGUCAGUCUGACCUUCAAGCGUUUCAAGGUCAUCCAGACAGACGUCUAAUAUGUGACAGUAUAACUCACAUUAUUAGUGAUGGAGAACUUUCGAAAUUUCGCGCUUUUUGUAAGGUAAUUCAAAAUGCAGACGCCACUGGGGAUAUCUCCCGUGUUUUGACCGUUAUGCAAGAAAUCGACCGAAUCUGCUACGAGAUUCCCGCGAGAUAUAACGAGGAGAUAAGCAUAAUGGAGGACGAGAAGCGGAUAUCAUUUGAAAUCGGAUAUUUGAACAAGGAAACGGGUGUCUUAAGGCCAUUGGUCGAAUUAGAGAAGGCGAGAAGUGAGAAGCGCAACAGCAAUCGCAGUUCGAAAUAUUCCGACCAAUCAAGUCUCGAUUUGGAAAACGAAUCAUCAACUGAAUUUGCAGAUUCUUACGCUACUAUGGUGAAUGUGUUUAUUACCGGAAUCAGCUUGUGCGCGCGUCGAGCGGAUGCUCUAGAGCGCCUUCUAGUGGACACUGAUAGUAUUUUGGAACUGAAAAUCGGGAAAACACAAAUGCAAGGGGAUGACCUGGCGCUUAUUUUUAAGGCUAUGAAUACAAACACGAGCAUCCAAACACUGGAUGUCCGACUGAACGGCUUAAACAAACAGGGGAUGGAAGCCAUGUCGGAUAUGUUGCGCGAGAACAAACAUUUGCUUCAUUUGAAUAUUUCGUCUACGGGCGUCGAUCAGUCGGGAUGCGAGACAUUAGCUAGUGCCAUGGCCGUCAAUAAGACACUUGUCGAAUUGGACAUGAGUUUUCUAGACAUCGGCGAUCCCGCGUGCGACUGUCUCAAGGACAUGCUGAAAUCCAACUCGACCUUAAAGAAACUUCGACUCCGCAGCAACAACAUUACAUGGGUCGGUUGCUGUUCUCUCAUGGAGGGCGUCAGUCGCAACAGAAGCCUCGCGGAACUUGAUCUAAGCAGAAAUUUCAUUGGUGAUAGCGGUGUAGAGGUUCUCAGUCGGUUCAUUCCUUUGUCCGCCAUUGUGGAGUUAUGCCUAGAGAAUUGUGGUAUUACGUCAUCAGGAUGUGGAAAAUUAGCGGAAAUGCUGUCAUCCAGUAAGAAACUGAAGCACGUGGAUUUAAGUGUUAAUUUUAUCGCCGAUGCCGGUGUUUUGAAAUUGGCCAGUCCACUUGAAAGAAGUUCGGUUCUCCAAACUAUUGGAUUAAAUAUGUGUGGUGUAACAAAUGACGGAUUUUCUAAGUUGUUGGACGUUUUAGAAAAGAAUACGUCCAUAACCCUGUUAAAACUAUGCUACAAUCGUUUGGGUAGAGAACAUACGAAUUCCGCGGCUACGUCAGACAAUCUACGUUAUAGACUUAGAAUCGUGACGUCAUCUAAGCCGAAACUGAAGAUUCUCCUCUGGGGAAAUGUGUUUGAAGAAUCUUAGAAAUUCCAAUUUCUGUUGUUGACGUUUUGAUUGUUUUUUUAUUUGUUUUUGUGCCGUGUUUUGUUAAUUAUCUUGGGAAUUAUCUCCCUUGUCUCCUGCAUGUGAAGCCAUAGAAACCGAUCUUGGUUAUUUUUUUUUUUUUUUUCAUUUUAGAUUAUGCUUGUCAGUGUUUUAUAUAUAAAUUUGAGAUAUGAACGUUCAAUAUUCACAAAAGUCUAAACAUUGUUAAGAAUUAUGUUUUAUCCUUGGAGGUGUUUUAAAACCAUUAUUAUUUUCUAGGCUGUGGAAAUAUUGUAUUUUUCAAAUAUGUUGGCUUUUAUCAGAGGCUUUUAAAAAUAAUUAAUUAAUCCAUUUGAAAUAGUAUAUCGUUCAAAUAUAUUCGCUUUUAUCAAUUGAUGUUAAGCGUAUUAAUUAAGGGAAAUACUUAUUAGGAAAUAGUGGCAUAAUUAAGAACCCGUAUUGCUAAAUUUAAAGUGAAUUGUUACAGUUUCAUAUAAAUAGCAAGGGGGGUAACUGCUAACGAAGCCAAUAAAAUGUAGGAUGCAGACCACAAUUAAUUUUCACUAUUUUCGUUUGUAGUCCCUUUAUCUAUAAAUAGCAAUGGUCAACCUCAUACAAAUUGUAACACAAAGACAUGGUCAGACGUUGCUCUGUCUGUAAUAAAAAGCGUUCAGCCCAACAAAAUUCGGUACAAAGUUGGAACCGGUCAAAGAGACGGAAUUGCCAUUGAAGUCUAUGGGGAAAUUAAGUGUGGCCCGCCUCUAUAAUGGUCAUGGAUAGAGUUAGAUGUAUUUGGGACGUGUGAAUAAUUUCGUUUCGUCUUUUUGUUAAAUUGUUUAACUAGUUUUAAACAACACGCCUCACAAUUGCAUGGCCGCACAUUCAAUUUUUAAAAGUUAUUUAAUUUUCACACUUCCCAUAAGAUACAUUCGCGUUGUUUUAUUUCCGAUUGGUGGUUAAAAAACGGAGAACGCUAGAUCGGAGACGGUCUUACGCAUUUUAUGACGUCAUAUGUGGAUUAUGGGUUAGGGUAAGGGUUAGGCUUGAUCCAGUCUACAUCUCGAGACUAUGACGAAAUCUGCAGAUCCUAGCCCUUACCCUAACCCUUAUCCUAACACACAAUCCACUUAUGACGUCAUAAAAUGCGCAGGACGGUCUCCGAUCUAGCGUUCUCCCCCAUUAUAUCUUGAUUUUAUUUUAUGUAUUAUGUGAAUAGUCGAGUAUUUGCACGACCAUUUCUUCUUCAUUUUUUUUUUUUUUUUUCUUUUUUUUUUUGCGAAUGUCCAGCAACCGAUAGACCCACAACUUGUACAUUAUUGGAACAUGUUUAAUUUUUCACGACGUUUAACAUGUAAUUAGUGUUAAUGAUCUAAGUUUUAACAUGUAACUAAUGUUAAUGAUCUAAGUUUUAAUAUUUAAUUAAUGUCAAUGCCCAAAGUUUUAACAUGUAAUUAAUGAUAAUGACCUAAGUUUUAACAUUUAAUUAAUGUUAAUGAUCUAAGUUUUAACAUUUAAUUACUGUUAAUGACCCAAGUUUUAACAUUUAAUUAAUGUUAAUGAUCUAAGUUUUAGCAUGUAAUUAAUGUUAAUGACCCAAGUUUUAACAUUUAAUUAAUGUUAAUGACCUAAGUUUUAACAUGUAAUUAAUGAUAAUGAUCUAAGUUUUAACAUUUAAUUAAGAAAACAAAACCAAAAUAAAUCGUGUAUUCGAAGCUAGAAAUGAACCCUAACGUUAACACAUUUUAAUUUCCUGAUUUUAAUGUACAUUGAAACAAUAUUACGUUUGGAUUUACCCGACUCUCGUGUCACAAAGAACGAUUGUGAAAUAUGUUCACGUCAUUCAGACAUUUUACAAUGUUUUCUGUACAACGGUAUUUUAAUAAAGCUUAAGCGUUAAUCGGACAUCUGGCCCCAAGUUCACAAAGCAUUCUCAGACUUAAGUUAAGAAUUUACUCAACUUUCAAUCACUGUUUAUGAAAAAUAUCUUUGAUCCAGAAACACAAAACUUUGCACGUAGUUUCUUAUUAAUGUAUUUGAUAUUUUAAAACAACAAAAGUUUUAUAAAGGGCUAUAUUUUGGUUGAAAUAAGGCGAAAAAUUUUGAGUAAAUUCGUAAUUCUGAAAAUGCUUUGUGAACUUGGGGCCUGGACAUCUAACAAACUUAGGGAUUUUUAAAAGUCAAAGACAGCUACCCAACUCACUUUACUCCAAUAAACGGACGAUUUUACUUAUAUUGUCGCUGGUUUGUGACGACGAUUUGAAGAUACAACUUUGUUUUACGUUUUACCAAAGACUGGUUCCAUUCUUGUUAUAUAUUUGUUUGUUAUUCUAUAAGAUUUAUAUUGUUUGUUGUUUUGUAUAUAGACUAUUAUCGUUGUUUUAUUUUGGGAACCUGUUCACCAAUCACAUUACCUGUAUUGCAAUGGUCGGGGUUCAGGUGAACGCAAAUGAAAUUUAAAGUCUUACUUCUCGUAUGUUCAACCUUUUUUGUGGGUCUUCUCAGGGUCUUCCGGUUUCCUCCCACUGCUAAAGACCCCUUUGUUCAUGCGAAUUAUUGAAAUAAAAUACCAUACCCACCGUGCCAUCGUGGCUUCCUUUGCAUUGUUUGAAGUUCAGGUAAAAUUGGUGAACAGGUUCUGAAGCCACUUUUUGUUUUCAUUGAGUUUAAUAUAUUUUUAAAAUAGUAUAUGUAUCACAACUUUUAAAACUGGAAAGGUGCCACAUCGUGCGUCACAAUCAGACAAAUCGAACGCUUUGAUUACAUCAACCGACUUUUUGUACGCUUAUUUAGAACAUUUUGACAUAAAUCGGAAAAAAGAAAACAUGAAAAAUAGUUUUUCUUAGUGGUUUACAGAUGGUGACUGGUAGUGUGUGUUGCUUUUUGUACAAUGCGAGAAUCGUAACGAAAUUUCCAAAGUAGUCAAGGUGUUAGAUAUAGUCAGCUAAAGUAUUCAAUGUGUCAGACGUGAUCGGCUAAGUUAGUCAAGGUAGCAUGGGAAAUAUCCCAGUGCCAUUGCCUCUUUUGGAAGUGUCAGGUCUUAAGGUUACGUCUCCGAUUGUUGCCGAUUGCUAGAUCAGAAAUGAAAUGACAUGAGGUUCAUCAUCAGUUAAGACGGGUCCUAAAUCAGCCAUUGUAAAUCAGAAAUGAAAUGUCACGAGGUUAACCAUCAAUGAAGACGGGUCCUAAAUCAAUAAUGGUAGUUUAUAUUGCAGCAGAAUUAAGUAGCUAUGUCAGAACAUAACCCAUUUUUUAAAAAAAAUGGUAUCAGAGGUUCUAGAAACAAUAAGCAUACCCUGUCUCUUGAAUGGCACUCGUUACAACAUUUGAAUAUGGCUUACGCAAGCCGACGCUGAUUCACGAGUGCUCUCCCUUGUUCCAGUAUAUCAUUAAGUUUCUUAAUAUAACUCCCUUGUUCCUAUUGUAAUGUUGUUGUAUUUUAUACAAUAUAUGUAUGUAUAUUCUUAUCUAGCUAUGGUAUAUUAUUAUUAUUAUUAUCUUGCCUACAUAUGUAUGAAAUAAAUUUAAUUUAAGUCGA